CAAUAAACGAUAAGGUGGAUUUUUAAAAACCUAGAAAGCCUGCUAUAAAGCUGUUUACCAUUGCAGGUUGUAAUAUUUCUUUUUGUGAAAUAGCGACCCUUUUAAUCGGAACUCUUUUUGGAAAACUAAGAUGGGAAAAGGUAAACUGAAAACUUCAACUUUUGCCAAACGAAGACUCGACAAUGUGAAAGAAGCUAAAGAAAACAAACAUGAAAAGUCCAUGACGUGCCAAGGGCAAUCAACAAUACACAGUUGUCUAAAUCCAAGCAAGCUACGCGCCCCACUCCGGAACAGCCCUCUUGCCCCAAUUCAUGAGGACAAUUCUGUAACAAGCAGUUCCCCUAAUAACACAAGCAAACCAAGUGAAGGAAAAGGUACAAGUGAGUUGAAAGCACCUAAACAAAAGAACACUGGCAAGCAGAUCCAAUGGGAUCCAAUUUGUGGUUCAAAUGUGCAGACUGCUGUGCUCCAUGAAGAUUCUGAAAUAACAAAACAAACUAAAUCUGGGCCAGGGUCUAACAGCAAAAAGUCAACAAGCAGGAAAUUGAAAGGCAAAGAUUCUGAACACAAUCGAAAGGUCACAGAUUAUUAUCCUAUUAGACGGAGUUGCAGGAAAAGCAAAGCGGAGUUAAAGUGCGAAAAGCAGCAGCACAUUGAUGACCUUAUCACAAACAAUGUAGAAGUGGGGCUGAAGGUGAAACAUAUUGAAGGAAAAGGAAGAGGCGUUUUUGCAGACAGAGAGUUCCAGAAAGGCCAGUUUGUAGUGGAGUAUCAUGGGGAUUUGCUAGAGAUUGAUGAUGCUAAGGAAAGAGAAUCUCAAUAUGCUCAAGACCCAACCACAGGCUGCUAUAUGUACUACUUCCGCUACCUCGACAAAACAUACUGUGUGGAUGCUACCAAAGAAACCAACCGUCUGGGACGACUGAUUAACCACAGUAAAAAUGGCAACCUUCAGACCAAAAUACAUGAUAUAAAUGGCAUACCUCACCUCAUCCUUCUGGCCUCCAGAGACAUCGAGGUAGAUGAGGAGCUGCUUUACGAUUAUGGUGACCGAAGUAAAGAAGCCAUUGCUGCUCAUCCUUGGCUCAAACACUAACUCGCUUUUAUAUAAGUUGUUGUUGGCAUUUGUAUUAUAACAAGACACUUGUUCUGUUUACAUGUAGUUAUGUAAAGAUACAAGUAAUGUGUUGCCAAAAGUCAAUUUACCUUAAAAUGAAUUGUACUCUGUAUUGUGAUAGACCCACAGUGCCUAUAACUUAUUUCUUAAAGGAUUGUUAUAUCGUGGGUUUAUGCUGAAUGAAGCCCUCUAACAUUUUGAGCCAUUUGCUAACCUCUAGCUUCAUGAUAAAGGAAUGGUGGAUGAUUCCAUUCAGUUGAGUAUUAUUUUUUAAUAGAUUUGUGCAAAAUGAAGUGUUUUAAUGUGCACUGGAGUUGAUUUUAAAACAUGUUUGGUCCAAUUUUUUCAUUGAAUUAUUUGUAUAUUUUAAGCUCAUUUAAAAUGUACAUUGUUCACAAGCACAAAAUAUAAACACUGCUUAAAA